AUGGAGCCUGUACAUCAUGUUACCACCUCAUCAAAAAUCCUUUUCAGCAAGGUCCGAAAAAUUGUGCCGCCAAUGCUUGAAAGUUUUCACAAAGGGCAAUUGGGUCGCGUAGCGGUUAUUGGAGGUUGUGUUGACUACACUGGUGCACCCUAUUUUUCCGCCAUAGCAUCGGCAAAACUUGGCUGUGAUAUGAGCCAUGUUCUCUGCGAACGCUCCGCGGCACCGGUUAUCAAGGGAUACUCCCCAAACUUGAUGGUUCACCCAUUACUCCCCAGUACAGACUCAGUCAAAGACCCCAAAUCAAUCGACGCGCCAGCCCUUGCAGGCCCAAUCAUUAGCAUGCUCUCCCGACUACAUGCUCUAGUCAUCGGACCCGGACUGGGCCGGGACAGUGUCACGCUUAAAGUAGUCGCAGAAGUAAUCAAAGAAGCGCGGUCACGCUCAAUCCCUUUCGUGCUCGAUGCAGAUGGGCUAUUAAUUGUGACCGAGGACCCGAGCUUGGUGAAGGGGUACAAAGAAUGUAUUCUCACACCGAAUGUGGUCGAGUUUGCGCGUUUGGCCAAAGCCCUGGGAGUGAACAUCUCCAGUCAGAGUCAAAUCACCGGAGAAACUGAAACGGAAAAGACGAGCAAGGCAUCGGAUGCGUGCGAACAGCUGUCCACUAAGCUGGGCGGGGUGACAAUCUUGCAAAAGGGCCCCCAUGAUAUCAUUUCCAACGGAGUCACGAGUAUCAUUAAUGAUAUCCAAGGCGGGUUGAAGCGCAGUGGGGGACAGGGUGAUACUUUGACGGGAUCUCUGGGUACCAUGCUUGCCUGGCGGGCUGCCUAUCAUGAUCGACUGUGGAAUACAGGCGAGAAGGAUAAUGAGAAGGAGGCACAGAGUCGGGAUGAGGUUCAGGCUGAGCUGGAGUCCGAAGGUAAACAGAUGUCACGGGGUACGACAUUGCUUCUGGCUGCGUGGGCAGGUAGUAGUAUCACCAGAGAAUCAUCACGACGGGCCUUUGAGGCAAAGGGUCGGAGUAUGCAGGCCAGUGACUUGACUGAUGAAGUUCAUGGAAGUUUCUUAAGGCUGAUCGGGGAACCUGAAGGAUUCAAAACACAUCUCUGA